UUGUAAUAACGCGAGAUUUUGUGGAGCUCUCCGACGGAAGGGCCUGGCUGUUUGAUAAUUGACGUUCAGUCGUGGACAUCUGGGAUGUUUAUAAAGAGAUUAAUUGAAUACACUACUUUUUAAAAGCACGUAGCUAAACAUCGACUAUACAAAUGUCGGGAUAGGUGUUGUCGGUUAGAAGCAGACAGGAGGGACGUUUGUGACACCAUGAGUCCUCCAGCUCAGCCCACGGUCUUCUGCAUUUGUCACAGGAAAAUCUGGUUGCACUCAGCAGUAGGAGCUGAACACGUCCAUUUUUCCUCCUAAUUCUUGUCUUGCCUUGAGGAAAAAUAUGAGAGGACAUGCACAAUGAAUAGAUACACCACCAUCAGACAGCUCGGGGAUGGCACCUAUGGAUCGGUCAGCCUCGGCCGCAGUCUGGAGUCAGGAGAGCUGGUUGCUAUAAAGAAAAUGAAACGAAAGUUCUACUCUUGGGAAGAAUGCAUGAACCUUCGAGAAGUCAAGUCACUAAAGAAACUCAAUCAUGCAAAUGUGAUCAAACUAAAGGAGGUCAUUCGAGAAAAUGAUCACUUGUACUUUAUAUUUGAGUACAUGAAGGAGAACUUAUACCAGCUAAUGAAAGAUAGAGCACGUUUGUUUCCUGAAUCUGCCAUCAGAAAUAUUAUGUUUCAGAUCCUGCAGGGACUCGCAUUUAUCCACAAACAUGGGUUUUUCCACAGGGACAUGAAACCGGAGAAUCUUCUGUGCAUGGGUCCAGAGCUGGUGAAGAUAGCCGACUUUGGACUCGCCCGCGAGAUCAGAUCUCGACCACCGUACACAGACUACGUCUCAACUAGAUGGUACAGAGCUCCAGAGGUGCUGCUCAGAUCCACAUCCUACAACUCGCCCAUAGACCAGUGGGCAGUCGGCUGCAUCAUGGCGGAGCUUUACACGCUCAGGCCUCUUUUCCCCGGAUCAAGCGAAGUUGACACCAUAUUCAAGAUUUGCCAAGUCCUGGGGACACCAAAGAAGAAUGAUUGGGCUGAGGGAUACCAGCUGGCGAGUGCCAUGAAUUUUCGCUGGCCUCAGUGCGUUCCCAAUAAUCUGAAGACAUUGAUCCCAAAUGCCAGUCCUGACGCCAUCCAUCUGAUGAUGAACCUGCUUCAGUGGGAUCCCAAGAAGAGACCAGCCUCUGCUCAGGCUCUCAGGUACUCCUACUUCCACGUGGGCCAGGCUUUGGGAACUCCUCAGCAGAUCCUGGAUCAGGGCAGACCUCAGCUCGGCCUCGUGCAUCUGCAGACGCCCUUACAGACGCAGCAGCAGCAGCCUCUGCUGUUGAAGCCAGUGCCCCCCUCCCAGCCUCCGCCUUCUAACCAGCACUGCUCUCCCUCCAGGCCGCUCCAUCAGAUCCAGACCUCCCCUGCACCAGCAGCUGCCCAGCCGGCAGCUUACCAGCGGCACACGGAGAUGGUUCGGGAGCAGCAGCAGCCGAAGCACAUCCUGAAACAGGAGCAGACGGAGGGAACCCCUCAGCGCCGUCUCCCUUACAUCGUAGACAAGAGCCACCAGGAAAAGCAAACGCAGCAGGAUGUACACAAUUUAAGCCUGCUUGGCUAUCAGCUGAAGCCUAAAGGAGGGCGGCGUUGGGGACAUGCAGCUGGACACGUUAAAGGAGAAGACUGGGACAACUACGAGGAGACUGAUCCGUACUCCAUCAGUAUCCUUGGAAAACCUAACUUCUCAUCAGAGAAGUCGAGACAAGGAGACGACUCUCUGAGCAGGUUUGGAACUGUUCUGGAUUUCAGUCGACGCAGCGGAAAAGAAGAUGCACCUUUAAACCUGAACAAGACCGCAGCCUAUCAAGAGCCAUCAAGAACGGCCUCUGCCAAGCAGCAUUACCUGAGGCAGUCCAGAUAUCUACCUGGCAUCAGUACUAAGAAGAACGUAGCCAUGAAUGCCAGUAAAGAAUUCCCAGGAAGCCAUUAUUGUGGCAGCAGCAGUAUUGCGUUUGGAGGGACCCUGCCAAGCAGAGGAGCUCAUGGCACAAAUACGAUCCCAGGUGAUUACAUGCCAUCAUUUUACAAGAAAGACAAUGGCUCAGUUGGUCACAGCAGAGGCCGUCAGGGUGUUUCCAUGGAAACAAAUUAUGCAACUUGGCGGUCUGGCCGGAGCCACAUGAACCCAUCGGCCGGCGUGCCGACAGCCAACAAGAGCAGCUCCAGUCUGCUGCCUCGCCCGCCGCUACAGACCAUUCAUGGACGAACAGACUGGUCAGCCAAAUACGGACACCGCUAGCGGCCAUUUGUAUUCUUACAAACUCUCUCACUUCCAAAGAGUAGUUGUUUUUAAAUUCUGAUCUGUACAUAAAUGCUCUACAGCAAUACGUUUGGUUUAUUGUGUGUAUUAUGGAUGCUGUGUGAUGUAAAAUAUUGGAUUGUGAAUGCAGCCCCUCAGUGUUUCUGUAUUAUACAUAUAUAUAUAUGGAGAGGUUUCACCUCACUUUUGUAUUGUUUACCCACUUAUAUGCAUAAACGAUAUAAAACCUCA